AUGUUCAUACUCACAAAGAUAUCGGAUCUGGUGCAGAUCACACCAGAAGAUUUCUCAAAGCCCAGCAAGCAGGCCAUUGAGGAUAACAUCAACGCCAAAUAUGCCAACAAAGUUAUCCAAAAGAUAGGCCUCUGUAUCUGUCUCUAUGACCUCCUCUCCUCCUCAGAAGGCCUCAUCGGUCACGGCACCGGCCUCGUAAACGUCAACGUCGAGUUCCGCCUCGUCGUGUUCCGUCCCUUCCGCCACGAAGUCCUCCACGGCCGCAUCACCUCCGCCUCCCCCGAAGGAAUCCACCUGCGCACCACCUUCUUCUCUGACAUUUUCGUCCCCGCCACCUCUCUCCCAGCCGGGACAUUCUUUGACCACUCCCAAGGCGUCUUCAUCUACCGGCACCCGCACAUCCCGGAUCUGAUGCAUUUCGAUACGUAUGAGAUGGCGCGGUUCCGGAUUGAGGAGGAGGAGUGGAUUGAUCAGACGCCAGAGAAGCCGGAGUCGGAUACGGCGAUGGAUGAGGAGGAGAGGAGGGCGAGGAGGUUGAGUCCGUGGAGGAUUAUAGCGAGUAUGGCGGAUGAUGGGCUUGGACCGUGCUUUUGGUGGGAUGAAGAUGAGGAGCCGGAAGAGUAG